ACAAAAGCAUAUAUAUAUAAGAGAACGAAGAGAACCACUUACUUGGUCUUCGGUGCUUUUUUGCUUUGACUUUUGAUUUGACUUUGCUCUUGUCUUUACUGCCUCUAUCCUCCUCUGUCUCUUCUCUCAUCUCAUCUCCUCUCCUCUCCUCUCGCCGGUGUUGUGCGAGUUUUCUCUGCUUCUGAAGAUUCGGAGCGGUCAAGGUUAGCUGCUGCCUCUCUCCUUCAAGAGCCUGCCUUGCCUCACCUGAUUGGUCACGUUACCUGUCUGGAUUCGGAGUUCCGUCUUCUUCAAGAAGUCAACGAUGACACCCUCAGCCAUCACUCCUCCGCCUCCAGCAGCAGCUCUUGAGAGCAACGCCAAUGGCCUGGAUGAGAUCGCCUCUAUACCCAACGGGGAGGUGAAUGGGGUUAAUCAUGUUCAGCCCUCCUCUGCUGAGGCUGAACCACAACUCCCCAAUGGCAAUGGCCACACCGUCCCCACCGUCCCCGCCCUCUCCUCCUCCUCUGCUGAGGCUGAACCGCAACUCCUCCCCAACGGUAAUGGCCACACCGUUCCCAGCAUCCCCGAUCUCUCCUCCUCUCCAGAAGAGCUCCUUGAUCUGGUCUGCGUGGGAUUCGGCCCCGCCUCACUAGCCAUCGCCAUCGCCCUGCACGAUGCCUACCAGGCGUCCCCCGCGGCUCACCGUCCGCGCGUCCUCUUCCUCGAGAAGCAGACGCGGUUUGCCUGGCACGCGGGGAUGCAGCUGCCGGGGGCCAAGAUGCAGAUCUCGUUCCUGAAAGACCUGGCCACGCCGCGGGACCCGACGUCGCACUUCACCUUCCUGAACUACCUCUUCCGCCAGGGCCGCCUGAACCACUUCAUCAACCUCGGCACCUUCCUGCCCACGAGAGCCGAGUAUGAGGAUUACCUGCGCUGGUGCGCGGCCCACUUCGAGCGCGAGGGCAACGUGAGGUAUGGUGUCGAGGUGGGCAGUGUGAGGGCGGGCGAGAAGAGCGCGGAUGGGAAGGUCACGAGUUUUGUGGUCGAGGGGCGGGAUCAGCUUGGAGAGGUGAUGACGCGGAGAGCGAGGCAUGUGGUGAUUGCUGUUGGGGGGCGUCCAGUCAUCCCUCCCGCUCUUCAAGGCCUGAAGCACGUUCAUCAUUCCAGCCAGUUCGCCAACGCUAUUGGCGGCAUUCAGGAGAGAGAAGCGGGCAGGCCGUUAAAGUUUGCCGUCAUUGGAGCGGGACAGAGCGCCGCCGAGAUCUUCAAUGAUAUCUGGUCUCGAUUCCCAGAUGCCCAAGUACGGCUCAUUAUCAAGGGCCCCAGCUUGAGACCAAGUGAUGAUAGUCCAUUCGUGAACGAGAUCUUCAAUCCCGACCGCGUCGACGGCGUCUACAACCAGACGCCGUCCGAACGCGCCCUCGCCAUCGCCCUGGAUCGCGGCACCAACUACGGCGUCGUGCGGCUCGAGCUCCUCGAGCAUCUGUACGAGAAGCUGUACAUGCAACGGCUCGCGAACCCGGACGAGACGCAAUGGCGCGCCCGCAUCAUCACCAACCGCACCGUGGUAUCCGCAUCCCAAACCUCCACCUCGGGCGUGGUGCUCAGACUGGGCCUACCGGACGGCAAGCAGCGUCGGGAGGAAAAGACGACGAUGACGGACGAGGCUGCUGAAGAUCUCGAGGUCGACUACGUCUUCACCGCUACGGGCUACCAGAGGAACGUGCACGAGGAGAUCCUCUCAGAUCUGAAAACCCUAUUACCUCCCGACCAGGCACACGGAGAGAGAUUACCCGUCGCGAGGAAUUAUCAAGUUUUGUAUGAUGGAGACAAGGUUGAUGGAAGUCAAGCUGGCGUUUGGCUACAGGGUUGCAAUGAGGCGACGCACGGUUUAAGCGAUACACUCCUAUCCAUCCUCGCAGUCCGCGGCGGCGAACUCGUAAGGAGCAUGUUCGGUUCUUCCUCCCCAAGCACCAUCCAAGCAGCCAAUCCCCAAUAAUGCCCCCUUUUCUUAAAAAAAAAACAAAACAAAAAACAAACAAGAAAAAUCCGUUUUGCGCAAAACUUCUGUACCCUCGUUUUCCCCCAGAGCUCGUUUCUAUGUAGAUCUUUAGGAGGAAUGAGGAAUGUAUGUGGU